AUGACCACCCCGGAGACCUGGCUCCAGCACCACCCUGGAGACCUGGCUCCAGGACCACCCCGGAGACCUGGCUCCACGACCACCCCGGAGACCUGGCUCCAGGACCACCCCGGAGACCUGGCUCCACGACCACACCGGAGACCUGGCUCCACGACCACCCCGGAGACCUGGCUCCACGACCACACCGGAGACCUGGCUCCACGACCACCCCGGAGACCCCGGAGACUGGCUCCACGACCACCCGGGAGACCUGGCUCCACGACCACCCGGGAGACCUGGCUCCACGACCACCCCGGAGACCUGGCUCCACGACCACCCGGGAGAUCUGGCUCCAUGACCACCCCGGAGACCUGGCUCCACGACCACCCCGGAGACCUGGCUCCACGACCACCGGGAGACCUGGCUCCACGACCACCCGGGAGACCUGGCUCCAUGACCACCCCGGAGACCUGGCUCCACGACCACCCCGGAGACCUGGCUCCACGACCACCCCGGAGACCUGGCUCCACGACCACGCCGGAGACCUGGCUCCACGACCACCCGGGAGACCUGGCUCCAUGA